AUGUCUCACUUGGGAAAUACACAUUCUUCUUUGAACGUUAAUUCUUUAAGAGAUUUGGCGAGAAAAGAAUUAACUAAUGUUUUAGAUUCAGUUAGAGGAAAAAAAUGUUUAGUGCUAGAUCCAAAUAUCAGUGGGCCUUUAAGUUUGAUAGCUGGGUUUUCUUUAUUAAAAGAACAUGGAGUAGAAAAAGUACAUUAUCUUCAACAAGGACCUUUAGAGACUGAGCUAAAAAGUUUGAUUUAUAUAUGUCGCCCGCAACUGAAUUAUAUGAAAUAUAUUGCUGAACAUAUAGCUCAUCAUCAAAAAGAUGUUGUAUCAAAUUAUGAAUACAAUCUUUUCUUUGUCCCUCGAAGGACUAUGAUUUGUGAAAGAGUCUUGGAAGAAGCUGGCAUUACGAUCGGAGAAUAUCAUCUUGACUUAAUACCAUUUGAAGAUGAUUUGUUAUCUUUAGAGUUAGAUAAUACCUUUAAAGAACUCUAUCUGGAUGGUGAUUAUACUUCAAUUUAUUAUGCGGCAAGAGCACUUAUGAAGCUCCAGACGAAGUUCGGGCUUAUUCCAAGAGUUAUUGGGAAAGGAGAUUGUGCUAAACACCUAGCUGACAUGUUGCUUCGUAUGCGUAAAGAAGUUGCUGUUGACGACCCGUCAUCCACAUUAUCAGUAUCUCAAAACGUAGAUUCUUUAAUUAUCUUAGAUCGCUCUGUUGAUCUCAUUUCUCCUCUUUGCACGCAGUUAACUUACGAAGGGUUGAUAGAUGAAGUGUUCGGUAUAAGAGCUUCACACGUAGAAGUUGAUUCAGCUAUUGUUGGCCCUGCUUCACAAAAAUCAGCUCCAGCAGCAGCAACAUCAACAUCGAAUGCCGCAUCAACAACGUCACAACCCUCCACUCCCGCCAAAAAAAAAAAAAUUCCACUCAAUUCUAGUGAUAGACUAUUUGUUCAAUUGAGAGAUAUGAAUUUUGCUGUUGUGGGCGGAGUCCUUAACAGAGUCGCAAGAAGAAUUAAUGAAAAUUACGAGGAGAGACACCAAGCCAAGACAGUUAUGCAGAUUCGCGAAUUUAUUAAUAAGCUAGGAGGACUUCAAUCUGAACAUCAAUCAUUAAGGACCCAUACUGGCAUAGCUGAAGAAAUUAUGGCAUAUACUGUUACUCCUGAAUUUAACAAAGCCCUCGAAGUGCAACAAAAUUUGGUUGCAGGUAUAGAGAUAAAUUUACAAAAUGAACAUAUUGAAGAGAUGAUUAAUCGGCAAGUACCAAUCUUACAAGUUUUAAGAUUAUUAUGUCUACUAAGUUUAGUGAAUGGUGGUUUGAAACAGAAGAGCCUUGAAUUUUUCAAAAAGGAAAUUUUACAGACUUAUGGAUUUGAACAUCUUCAAACACUCUUGAAUUUGGAACGCUUAAAUAUGUUUGUUAAACAAGGGUCUGCUAGUAGUAAAUUUAACUACGUCAGAAAACAUCUUCAGCUAAUUGUUGAUGAGGUUGAUGAGCAGAGCCCUCAAGACAUUUCGUAUGUAUAUUCAGGAUACGCACCGUUGAGUGUACGCCUGAUACAAUGUGUAACAAAAGGUGGACUGACACCAAUUAGUAAUCCCGUGGGUGCUAAUGCAGCAGCUAAUCCCAUUGGAACUGGUGGUGCUGCAAAGGGUAUCGUUGGGUGGAAAGGACAUGAAGAAGCUUUGAAAAUGUUGCCAGGUAAAACAUUCGAUGAAGUUCAGAAACUUGAUGAUGGAGCCAUUCAUUCUAAAAAAUUUGCCCAGGGACAGCAACCACGUGUUACUCUCAUAUUUUUCUUGGGAGGAUGCACAUAUACUGAAAUUUCAGCAAUAAGAUUUAUGGCACAACAAGAUGAAGGACAACGUGAAUAUGUCAUUGCUACGACUCAAAUUGUCAAUGGCAAUUCACUGUUGAGUUCGGUUAUGCAAAAAAUGGAUAAUUUGGGUCAUUCUGCUGGUGGAAAUUUUUAA